AUGAGCAUCUCGGACUCCACACAUCGUCCCUCCGACCCGGGGAGCGUCUCUCUUCCCGCCCAGAAGGACCGCCUUGACCUCCCUUUACCCGACCAGAGAACGCCCUCCUGGCCUCCUUCCCUGGACGAGGAUCCCAGUUUGCCCCCCUUUCCUCUGGAAGAGCCUGUCCCCAGGCCUAAGGCCUCAGGGAACCUUCUGUCACCAGCCUUGUCCCUAGAGGAGGAAGAGAAUGAAGACGCGGCGGAGCCGGAGGGACUACGCAGCGAGGAACAUCCAAGCCAGUUUUUCGCUGAAGCACAGCGGCUUCGGGAGCAGAGGUUGUUGCUGGACGAAGAGGUGUCAGUUGGGGGGCGAGUAUACGGGGUGCAUCGGGUAAUCUUAGCUGCAAUUAGCAGCCUUUUCCGAGACAGGCUGCUGGGCGGCAGAGGUCCACGACCACCCCUCAGCCUCGAUGUGGCCGCCGGGGCCUGGGAGGCUGUGCUGACCUUUGCGUAUGAGGGGUUGCUGGGCCCUGCCCCGUGGGGAGAUGUGCUGGUCGUGGCCGAGGCUCUGGGAGCACCCCGGGUGAAGGCCGCGGCCCAGGGGAGACGCAAGGGGACUGGAAGCGCCAGGGAAGAUGAAAAGCAGCCCAGCCAGGCAGAGGAGCUGAGGGAGAACCUGCGUAGCAUCGAGCUCCUAUACAAAGAAGGCGUUGGGUGUGACCUGGAGCUGGAGGCAGGCGGCUGCCGGCUGCAGGUGCACCGAGCAGCCCUGGCCUGUGGCAGUGAGUUCUUUGGCGCCAUGCUCCUGAGUGGGAUGAGGGAAUCCCAGGGCACAGAGGUGUCUCUGCACACCAUCUCUGCCCAGGACCUGAGACUCCUCGUCUCUUUUGCCUACGCGGGUGCUGUGCGGGCAGGGUGGCCAGGACUACUGAGAGCUGCCCAGACUGCUGUGCAGUACCAGAGCUCUUCUUGCCUUGCUCUGUGCCAGAGAGCCUUGGCACGGGGCCUCAGCCCUGCACGUUGCCUGGCCCUGUUCCCCAUAGCUGAGGCCCCUGGGUUAGAGAGGCUCUGGAGCAAAGCCCGUCACUACCUCCUCACCCACCUGCCUGCCGUGGCUUUGUGCCCCACUUUCCCUUCUUUACCGUCUGCCUGCCUGGCUGAGCUCCUGGAGAGCGAUGAACUACACGUGCAAGAGGAGUUUGAGGCCUUCAUGGCUGUGUGGCGUUGGUUAGCUGCCAACCCCGAGACCGAGGAGUCAGAGGCCAAGGCCCUGCUUCGACAUGUUCGCUUUGGCCGCAUGUCCACCAGGGAGCUGCGGAGGGUACGGGCCGCUGGGCUGCCUCCCCCGCUGCCCCCAGACUUGCUGCAUCAGCUCCUGGUAGAAGCUGCCGUUCCGGGUCAAGAGAGGCGGAGGGAGCCUGACCAGGCACUGGUAGUGAUUGGCGGGGAUGGGCUCCGAUCAGACAUGGCCAGAAGACAGCCCUCCCGAGGAGUGUGGUGGGCCCGGGCCUUCCGCUGCGGCACGGGACUGGUUCGAACCGUGGAGUGGGGACGGCUCCCUGCCCUGCCUGCCCAAGGGCGCUUCCGGCAUGGGGCUGCGAGCCUGGCAGGGAGCCAACUCUACGUGUGUGGGGGACAGGAUUUCUACGGCCACGCCAACACCCUGGCUUCGACUCUCAGGUGGGACCCCGGUCAAGAGGACUGGGAGGAGAUGGCGCCUUUGUGCCAGGCUCGGAGCUUUUUUCCCCUGCUGGCCCUGGAUGGACUACUUUAUGCCCUGGGUGGCCGAAAUGGUGAUGUUGCUCUCAACUCCGUGGAGGCCUAUAACCCCGAGCUCAAUGUCUGGAGGCCUGCACCUGCCCUUCCGGCACCACGCUUUGCCCACGCAGCUGCUGUUUUGGAGGGCCGAUUGUACGUGAGCGGAGGCUGCAGCAGCGCGGGCCAAUACCUGGCCUCGUUGCUGCACUAUGACCCCAAGCUUGAGAAGCCAGGGACACUUCUGAGCCCUAUGGGGGUACCUCGGGCUGGCCAUGUCAUGGCUGCUCUGGGUGGCCGGUUGUAUGUAGCAGGUGGGCUAGGCGAGACGGGAGACCUACUGAGCUUUGAGGCCUAUGAACCGAGGACUGAUAGCUGGACUCAUCUGGCACCUUUGCCCUCCCCCCAUGUGGGGGCUGCAGGUGCUGCGCUGCAGGGGGAGCUACUGGUGCUGGGGGGCUACAGCCACCGUACUUAUGCCCUCUCGCACCUCAUCCAUGCUUACUGUCCUGGCCUGGACCGAUGGCUCUGCCUGGGAACUCUGCCCAGGCCUCGGGCUGAGAUGCCUGCCUGCAUCCUGACGCUGCCCUCUGUGCAGCACAUAGCUUUGGUUCCCACACGGCACCAAACCAAACCUGCUGGCUGA